AUGCUAAAACCAUUGGUGGAAAAGAAGAGACGAGAUCGAAUAAACCAGAGCCUGGAACAACUGAGGACGUUGCUUUUGGAUUCCACCAAAGAGGAGGCUAAGACGUGGCCAAGGAUACCUGGAGCUUUAACAGAAAGACACAUGGAUUCAAGGAUAAUUGGGGCCACCUGUGGAAGGUGUAAGGAGGCCAUAGGGCUUCCUAACUCCAAGAGAUUUCAAAAUCCUAAACUGGAAAAGGCAGAGAUACUGGAGCUGACAGUACAGUAUUUGGAGAAAAAAGGAUUCAGCAAUACCAAGUCCAAAGAAUAUCUGCUUACUGAGGAUCCAGCAAACCCAAGACAAACUGAAAACUAUGAAGCCGGAUUCAGAGAGUGUUUCUUUCAGGUGACAAACUUCAUGAGAAACGUUGGCCCUUCCACGCAGGCAAAUUUCAUGGAGAGCUUCCAGCAAUAUAUUGCUUCACAGAACUGCACCGUGACAGCUAUGCCUCAUCAUGAAUUUUAUCUGCCAACACAAGUGAAUAUGGUCCCCUGUGCUUGUUCACAUGAGGACAAUGCUGCCCAAGAAAUGCUCCAGCAUCAGCUGGAUAUCUGGAAACAAACAGCUGUGGGGCUGCAGUUUCCAAACCAGGACCCUUCAUCUUCAACUCAGGUGGGGCACUGCUGUCCCACUUUUUCUCUCCCAUCGUACACACCACAAUCAAGCUUUCCAGUUUCCCCUUCCAGUAAAAUCAGCAUGCCCAAUGUACAAUUUUGCUCGCCUGGUCACAUAAAUUCUCUACCAACUGCAUGCUGCAUGAGCAUGACUCCAAAUCAGGCACUAACACUUCCUGCUGGCUCUUCAACCAGCCCAGUUCAUUCUCAGGCAAUUUGGAGGCCUUGGCCUUGA